UAAAUAGACAUACCUCUCCACCCCACCGGGACAUCAAUCCAUUUCUCUUUCCUUCCCGUCACCAUUAUAUUCCGUCCAUUUUUCUAUAUACCCAAACUAGACGAACACAACCAACCACCACUAGGGUUUUCCAUUAUAUUCCACUUCCUUCCAAAAUCAAAACCCCCAAAACAGAAACCCGAUUGAGACCGCAAUCCAAGUCAUUGAAUAUUCUGACAUUGGAAAGUUUCCGGAAAUGGAUGAGAGUGUGGGAGAUGUAGCUGCAGUGUGAAGCCUAGGGUUUUUGCUUUGGGGCCCUUCGAUCGGAGAAAGGGCCUCUAAGUUUUGUUCAAGGUCAGAAAUGAAGGAGCUCAUUGGUAGACCGGGGUCGGUUACUGGGUUACUGCUUAGAGUCGGCCAAUUUGGCUCUGCUGCCGCCGCCAUCGCUGUUAUGGUCUCCGCCGAUCGCUUCGCCACUUUCACCGCCUUCUGCUAUUUGAUUGCGUCAAUGGGGCUUCAAGUGCUAUGGAGCUUUGGGCUUGCUUGUCUUGAUAUUUAUGCUUUGAGGAGAAAGAGGGACCUCCAAAAUCCAAUCCUAGUUAGCCUGUUUGUUGUCGGUGAUUGGGUAACAGCUACUUUAUCACUGGCUGCUGCAAGCGCUUCAGCAGGAAUAGUAAUUUUAUAUGCAAAGGACACAAACUUCUGCACGUCAAAAUGGGAUAUACCAUGCCAGAAGUUCCAGAUCUCAGUGGCUUUUGCUUUCCUUACUUGGGCCUUUAUUGCCAUAUCUUCUCAUGUGAUGUUUUGGAUCCUAUUAGCUUCGGUCUAGAGAUUCUUGCUGUCCUUUUCUUUCUCCUCUGGGCCUGCUGCUGACAUACAUGUAAGUUACAGCAUUCAUUUGUUUUCUAUGUAAAUGAAAAGGUUUCUGUAACAUGCCUUAUCUUUUCUGGGGCAGCUCUCCGAAUCCUCGUAUUUGAGUU